GGCAUUCAAUCCAGCUGUUUUGCGAGGUAUGGCCCACAUGAGAAUUGGAUCCGUCUCAUUUUUAGAUCCGUCCUGUUGCAGUCUUAAAAAACUGAUGAACGGAAUAGAUUUAUCACGGCCAUCUCUGUGGACCCCACAUAAUUUCCGACUACAGCAUGUGCUCCGUCCAUCUUAGGCCACUCUGAGUUGCAUGUACAUAUCCGGAUGUGCACACCCAAAAAAUGUCCACGUACCAAUAUCGCACACGUGUGCAAUAUCCUAGAUAAGAUCUUCUACCCGACAAUCAGGCCCGUCAGUCCUCAGUGGCCCACUAAACAAAGCAAUCAGAAGCCCCAUAGAAAUCUCUCUAACCGUCCAUUUGUUAACUAAAACGGUCUAACUUUAACCAGAGUGCAGCCCACCGGAUCGAACGGUCAUACCUCAUCCUGUGGACAUGCAUGCCUACAGCUGGAUGGUCUGGACUCCAUAUCUAUAUAACCCUCAGUGACCCUCCAUCUACAAUAUGGCCCACCCAAAUCAACGGUCCACAUGAAAAACCUAUGGGUCCACGAGUACAGAAUUUACAAUACUCGGCCAGAAUACCGUAUCCUGCACCGUCCACCUCAUUUUACCCCACUUGCAUUUGACCGUGAAAACUCUGACCCAAUCCAAAAAAUCCCAGUCAACCCUCCCCCAGUUUUGACUUUCUAUCAAUAUUCAACCUAUAUAAACUUCCAUUCCGGACAUUCCCUCUCCAACGCAUCUCCAACUCAUCAUCUCAGCCACACGUCAGGAAUCCGAGCGAUGAAGCGAUCUGACGAAGGGACCUCUGCCGGAAGCGAAAAGAAGUACUUGGGCGUUCGUCGUCGGAAAUGGGGGAAAUGGGUAUCAGAGAUUCGGGUCCCGACUACCCGAACCCGACUCUGGCUUGGCUCUUACUCCAACCCGGAAGCUGCUGCGGUGGCCCACGACACUGCAGAGUUCUGCCUGCGCGGUACGGCCUCGAUCAGGAACCUUAACUUCCCUUCAUGUGUGCCGACUUCCGCACGUGAGGACAUGUCACCGGAUUCGAUCCAACGGCUGGCGACAGCUGCAGGUAUGGAUAUCGAUGCCAGAUUAAAGGCUAGAUUUGCAAAAGAUGUGGGUGCAUCAAAUGUGUAUAGUACGCUUCGGGUGGAUGGGGAGGAUACUGCCACGUGGUCAACACAGCACGCAGCCCCAGUUGCUGGUGGGCCCAUCACAACCAAUUCAACGGCUGGAAUAGCAGAAGUACCUGAAAGUAUGGGGAAUUUGGUUGUGGGAGAUGGAGAUGAUGGACAAGGUCGGUGGUUGAGAGGAGAGGACUUCAGCAUAUUCAUGGAUGGCAUGGACGCGUAUUUCCACUAACUUCAAAUCAUGUAUUGUACACGUGGCAUUCAAAGUUAAUCUAGACGGUUUAGAUAGUGGGCCCCAUCAUGGAUGGAUAUACCCAACUGAUAGUGCUAUCCUGACCUUCUGUUAACAAAUGGACGGUCUAAAAUGAUCUUUUAGUCGAGUAUUUUUAUUUUAUUUUUUAAAAUUUUAACUAGUAUACGCUUGAUACGCAGGAACUCAGACACUCUGUACACGUGGCAUACAUUAACUCAAGUUAAAUGAACGAAUUUGGACAACCUGCUGUCGGUAAGCCAGUCAGUCAUCCUAACCGUUGGACGAUCAUUGGAUGAUUUUCAAUCUGAUAGUUUUACGGUCAUCAUACAUCUGUACUAAGAUUCAUAA